GACCGUGACGUCAUCAAUGCGCGUCGUCAAUUUGAUGCUCGUAUCCUCACUAUAUGAGACAAAACUCUUGCAUCCCACCGACAAGACGCUGUAGCGGGGAAUCAUUGCACUGUUUGCAAAUGAUCGAAUAAAGUCGGUGAAAUGAUGACAAUGUUUUUGAGUCUAUCAAAAGGUGUUCUGCGUUAAGGAGUCACUUGUGGAGUAAUCCUGAUCCAAAGUAUGAUAUCGAACUGCAACUGAGCUACACUCCAUACCACCAAUUUGUGUUCUGCUACCACCUGUAACAUUGUCUGGGAAUACCCAGAGGAAAACGAUUAUUUUUGUUUUGGGUCCAGUUUAAAAGAGAGACCAAGAAUAUUCCUCACCACAUGGAAAAAAAGAGCAAUAUGGGAGAAGAGAUCAGAGUUUGAAGUCUCUGGGAUGGGGUUAAAUGACCAAAGGAGUACGUCAUGGUUCACAGCAACUCUGCUUCCCCAAUGAAAACAUCUCUUCCACCUAAUAUAACAGAGGCAGCACCUCCUGAGCAAGCAGCACCUCUUCCAGUGCUGCCUCUCAUAGAAACUUCUGACAAGGACCCGUCUCAUAUCCAAGCUAAAGCACUUGACUCAAAUGUUACCUCCAUUUCAAAUAUCCCCCAGCCCACGACUCAGAAUCUCGCAGAAGCUGGUUCACCGGUUCUAACCCCUAAAACAGCACUUCAAGGUAACUCAAGUCCGGCCUCGGACUGGUCCUCUUCCCACCCAGCAACCCACGCCCAUAGUACAAUUAAUGGCCGGACAUCAGGCAGAAAGAGGACUCCCAAGACCUGUGACUGUUGCGGCCCCAACAAAAGGGGACAUGAUGUCACAACCUCAGGUCGAGGGAAAGGGAGGGGACGAGGCAGAGGAAGGGGCUCCGGAAGAAACAUCCAUGACAAAAGUGGGGACGAUAUUAUGGGAAUUAUAGACUUUGAUCUGACAGGGGACGUCUUGGAGGAUGUUGAGGAUAAAAAUGACAUCCAUGAAGGGAUGAAAAUAUCAACUACCCAGCCAGGGCCAACUGUUCCUUCACGUGUCUGUAUCUCUCUACUCGAUGGGAACGUCUUGGACAACGGCCAGGCGGAUUUCCCGCAAGUGAGCGUGCCAGCUUCAAAAGGGGGAACUUUCAUUGGAAUGAAACAAGGUGUAGAAAAUGACAAUUCUGAAAAUGCCCAAACCCUGUCCGAUUCAGGGGCUCACGUCAACAGUGCAUCAGUUACAUCGCAGGUUGGAAACGGAGAUUCAUUGGGUUUGUCUGAAACAGAAUCCAAAAGGGAGACACUUGACGACAAAAGCGGCGAAACAGGAAACGGGACGCUUUGCUCAUCCGGAGGCUCAGCUUCACCUUCGAGGCCAGCAAGUCCUCAGAACCACGACUCAGAGAUGCAAGUAGAACUGGAGCGGAACAGAACGGACUCGUCAUCUCUUUGCCUCUCACCUCUUUUUUCCAAUGGAAACGAAAGUUCACCUGCAGAGCGCGAUCCCGGCGCCACAGCCAUGGAAACGGACUGUGCGAAUCCAAGUGCGCUUUCUACUUCAAACCGUGAUCCUAUUCGCGUAUGCAGCACGCAGUACAGCUGCGCGCUGAUAGACCACCGUUUGUACUGUCACCCCGCAACGUGGGAGAAGAACCUGUCCGAAGAAACAGACGUGCAAGAGAUGGAUGGAGACACGCCAAGUGAUAGCCUGGAGAGACUUAUUAUUCUAGUCCAUGACUUUUUGGAGGGCUUCUACAUCAAAUACGGCAGUUUCAUUCCCCUCAGCGAGACCGAUGUUCUGGAAUACCUGAAGACAAACGGCGACUGUGGCGACUUCAGAAAGCUGGGUCUAAACAUCCAACGGGAAAUGGCGCGCUAUAAGGCGGCACUAGCCUCUGCACCUGUUGCCGGCUUCAUGGUUAUCUAUAACAAACAUACGUUGAGUCUGGAAGAUCUUGGAACGCUGGAGGACCAGAACUGGAUCAAUGACCAGAUUAUCAACACAUAUGGAGACUUGAUUAUGGAAGCUGCCCAGCACAAUGUCCAUUUUUUCAACAGUUUCUUCCACAAGCAGUUGGAUGCCAAAGGCUAUGAAGGUGUAAAGAGAUGGACCAAAAAAGUGGAUUUAUUCUCUAAGUGGCUACUGCUCAUUCCCAUCCAUUUAGAAAUCCAUUGGUCUCUCGUCAGCGUGACCAUGGCAACUAAAACCAUCAAUUACUUUGACAGCCAAGGCAUUGUCUUCCGACACACUGCGGACAACAUCAUGAAGUACCUUCAGUCUGAAGCUCAAGAGAAGAAAAAGACGGAAUUCCUGAAAGGUUGGAAGAUUGCAAUCAUCAAGGGGAUUCCUCAGCAGAAAAAUGACAGCGACUGUGGCGUUUUUGUCCUUGAGUACUGCCGUUGUCUCUCGCUGAAGAAGCCUCUGUUGUUCAGUCAAGACGACAUGCCUCGCAUCCGCAAACGAAUCUAUAAGGAGCUGUGCGACAGACACCUCAACUCUUAAAAGUGCGAUCACUCGCCUAUUUCCGUACACAAGUCCGCCGUGCUUCCCGGACGGAUCGGUGCAUCUGUUACGCAACGUUAACAAGCGACUGGGCCGCCUGCAGAUUGCUCUGGUACGACUCGGAAAGAACUACUGACGUGGCUCCCUACUGAUGCUGGACUCGUACGUUUCACGUUGCCUUUCCUUUUUUUGCAUUUAACAUGGCCAGUCGAUCGAAACCUGCAACUCUCGAGGACAGGAUCUCUCCCUUGGACACCUCCCCGCUCGGACCAAAACCAAUGGCCAUUUUAAACAUUUUAAAGUGCAUAUAUUAUGCAGGACUCAUGUUUGCGUUAUCCAACGUGUAAAUCAAGGACGGAGGUGUUCACCUCAAACUUGAUUUCUGUUUUGGACUGCUAACAUUUGCACGGAUAUCGAAGCUUAUACUUUGGAGUUUAGAAUAACAAGCGAAUGUACCGCCUGGGUAUCCUUCCUUCCUUCCUUCCCUGCAGGGUUGUGACUUGGCUCAUUUUGGCUGUGGCCCCCAAGAAAGGGUUCCAGAGUUAACUUGGUUUUGAGCAUCAUGUCUUUAUCCUGCGAAACCAAAUAGUUGCUUCUUCAUCCGUCCCCCUGCACCCCCCAAAUCUUAUUUUGCCUCUACCAGAAUGUUCAGCUAGCAAAACGUUGAUUUGCAAAAACAUUCACGCGUUUGAAUUAAUAUAUACGUUGUCAUUGUUAGAUGUGCAGAUAAAGCUGUCCAUGUGAAGGCCACAGUUGUGUUAGCCUAGAAGUUGAACUUGAAGAUGUUUGUGUAGACGCAUCGAUGGCGCUUGAUAAAGACGUACUUCCUCGGUUACCUGCCAUUGACAAACAAGUGGACCUCGCUUCUUCGUUCCUGGGCGUCUUUUCCAUCUCGCUGUUACUGUUGUAUCCUGUUGAGCGGACUUGGAGAAUUGAGCUCCUAUAAUUGCUUGGUUUCGUUAAACACCACAGGAGAAUCUUUGUUUUGUUUUGUUUUUUACUUCAAGACUGCUGCCCACGUGAUGCUUUUCUCUUUGUAUUGCUCUUGUAUAUCUUUGAUAAGGUAACAUUGACGCAACAACAUACAUGCAGUGACUGGAUUGUUUUACCUGUACUUGAGCUCAUAACCCACCGGCAUGUUUUUUUUUCUUUUUUAAUCAGAUGAAACGUUCCAGAUAAAUACUCAACUCUAGUUGGUGAGUUGUUUUAUUUUAUUUAUUUCAACUAUUUGUUAUUUUAGUGGUCAUCUGAUCUUCACAACACAUCAAAUCAACUAUUUAAAGGGACAAUGUGUAUUUUUCUGUCGCCAUCUAGUGGUGAACUGAUAGAAUGUAACGACUUGAGUUUGAAGCGUGUGCAUUUUGAAGCACAUGCACUAUGGUGCCUCAAAGACGCCACACUCGCAAGCCCACCACCCCGUUUUUCAGCAGAGGUGCUAGCAAAAUGUCUUCACAAAUAACUUCUAGUGUUCCCUCAAGUCAUGAAGUAGUUUGCUGUAGUCAUUGAUGCAGGAAAUUUGUGAGCAGAAAUACCCAUGUUAUAUCAUUCACAAUUAUUAUGAUUAUAUUAAAAAAUGUACCUUGAUGUGA